AUGUCCUCGGCGCCGUCUCCGGGGACUAGUUCGCCACCAUCUCCACCAUCAAACUCCACAACCACCACUCCUCCUCCAGCCUCUGCUCCUCCUCCCACCACACCCUCUUCUCCUCCGCCGCCGCCAUCCACAUCUCCUCCUCCGUCUUCUCCCUCUAUACCUUCUGCUCCUCCUCCAUCUCCACCUGGAUCUUCACCUCCUCUUCCUCAGCCGGCUCCACCCGCUCCAACCACGCCGGGAUCUCCUCCCGCUCCUAUUACUCCUCCUCGAAACCCUCCACCUUCAUCCCCAGGACCACCGUCGAAUCCCUCAAGCAGAGGCGGAGGCGGAGGAGGAGGAUCUCCUGGAACUCCAUCUUCUCCUUCUCCGUCAACUCCGUCUUCUUCUUCCGACGGUUUAUCAACAGGAGUGGUGGUCGGAAUCGCCAUCGGAGGAGUCGCUCUGCUUGUGAUAGUGACUCUGAUUUGUCUCCUUUGUAAGAAGAAACGAAGAAGAGACGAAGAAGAUGCUUACUAUGUUCCUCCUCCACCUCCUCCUGGUCCCAAAGCUGGAGGACCUUACGGUGGACAUCAGCAACAACAAUGGCGGCAACAAAACGCAACACCACCGUCAGAUCAUGUCGUGACGUCACUACCACCACCACCACCUAAGGCUCCAUCUCCACCGCGGCAACCUCCUCCACCUCCUUUCAUGAGCAGCAGCGGCGGCUCAGACUACUCGGAUCGUCCACCUCUUCCUCCACCGUCUCCAGGGCUUGUGUUAGGCUUCUCCAAAAGCACUUUCACGUACGAGGAGCUAGCAAGAGCCACCAAUGGCUUCUCUGAGGCUAAUUUAUUAGGACAAGGCGGGUUUGGUUACGUGCACAAAGGUGUGUUGCCUGGUGGGAAAGAAGUAGCUGUGAAGCAGUUGAAAGUUGGGAGUGGUCAGGGAGAGAGAGAGUUUCAGGCAGAGGUUGAGAUCAUUAGCAGAGUUCACCACAGGCAUUUGGUUUCUCUUGUUGGUUAUUGCAUCGCUGGUGCUAAAAGAUUACUUGUCUAUGAGUUUGUUCCUAACAACAAUCUCGAGUUUCACCUCCAUGGUGAAGGACGGCCUACAAUGGAAUGGAGCACCAGAUUGAAGAUUGCUCUUGGAUCUGCUAAAGGACUUUCAUAUCUUCAUGAAGAUUGCAAUCCUAAAAUCAUUCACCGUGAUAUCAAGGCUGCAAACAUAUUGAUAGAUUUCAAGUUUGAAGCUAAGGUUGCUGAUUUUGGUCUUGCUAAGAUUGCUUCUGAUACAAACACUCAUGUAUCGACACGUGUGAUGGGAACCUUUGGGUAUUUGGCUCCUGAAUACGCUGCAAGCGGAAAGCUCACGGAGAAGUCUGAUGUUUUCUCAUUUGGGAUUGUGCUUUUGGAGCUCAUAACCGGACGUCGUCCCGUUGAUGCGAACAAUGUCUAUGUUGAUGACAGCUUAGUUGACUGGGCACGACCAUUGCUUAACCGAGCAUCUGAGCAAGGAGACUUUGAGGGUUUGGCUGAUGCAAAGAUGAAUAGUGAGUAUGACAGAGAGGAGAUGGCUCGGAUGGUUGCUUGUGCUGCUGCAUGUGUUCGCCAUUCAGCUCGCCGCAGACCUCGCAUGAGCCAGGUAAUCUUACUUUGA